AGGACAUCUGUCGCCGUCAGAGACGGAUGGAGAUAUGCUUGGCUAUGACCUGUACAGCAGUGCACUGGCAGACAUCCUGAGCGAACCAACUAUGCAACCUCCUAUUUGUGUUGGACUUUAUGCACAAUGGGGAAGUGGAAAAUCUUUCCUUUUGAAAAAGCUUGAAGAUGAAAUGAAGACAUUUGCUGGUCAGCAAGUGGAACCUCUCUUCCAGUUUUCUUGGUUGGUGGUGUUCAUUACACUGUUAAUAUGUGGAGGAACAGGAGUACUCCUUGGCUUCGCAGUUGAUCUGAAGCUUGGCAUAGCAGUUGGACUGAGUUUACUGGCACUUAUUUACAUCUUCUUUGCAAUUGUUUACUUUGGUGGUCGACAAGAGGGAGAAAAUUGGAAUUGGGCUUGGGUAUUGAGUACUAAACUUGCUCGGCAAAUCGGCUAUCUGGAGCUGUUGCUUAAAUUGAUGUUUGUGAACCCACCAGAACUACCAGAACAGACCUCCAGAGCCUUGCCCGUCAGAUUUCUUUUCACAGACUACAACAGGCUGUCAAGUGUUGGUGGAGAAACAUCCAUGGCUGAGAUGAUUGCAACCCUUUCUGAUGCUUGUGAAAGAGAGUUUGGUUUCUUGGCAACAAGACUUUUUAGAGUAUUUAAGACUGAUGAUACACAAGGUAAAAAAGGAGUGAAGAAAUGGAAAAAGACCUGCUGUAUCCCUUCAUUUGUUAUCUUUAUUUUUAUCUUGUGUUGCUUUGUGGCUGGCGUCUUGCUGCUGGCCAUCUUCAAGGCAGAUAAGGAACACCUGACUGUAAAUGCCAUCCUAAUAUCUAUUGCCAGUAUCAUUGGUCUUGCACUGGUUCUUAACUGCCACACCUGGUGGCAGGUGUUAGAUUCUGUCCUUCACUCUCAGAGAAAGCGUGUUUUACUAGCAGCUUCAAAACUUCAUAAGCUAAAGCCUGAAGGAUUUAUGAAAGUCCUAAAGAAUGAAGUGGAACUCAUGGCUCAGAUGACCAAGUCUAUUGAUGGCUUUACUCAGAAUCAGACGCGACUUGUGGUUGUUAUUGAUGGAUUGGAUGCAUGUGAACAAGAUAAAGUCCUGCAGAUGCUAGACACAGUACGGGUUCUGUUUUCAAAAGGACCCUUUAUUGCCAUUUUUGCCAGUGAUCCACAUAUCAUCAUAAAGGCUAUCAAUCAAAAUCUGAACAGUGUUUUAAGAGACUCUAAUAUAAAUGGACAUGACUAUAUGAGGAAUAUAGUCCAUCUGCCAGUUUAUCUUAACAGUCGUGGGCUUAGUAGUACAAAGAAGGUCUUUGCAGCAGUGCCAUCUAAUGGAGAUGUAGGAAACUCGGAUUGUACAAGUUGGCAUGAAGAUAACGAUCGAAAACUUUCACAACACAGCUUGGGAGAAUUGACCAAACUCGGCAGUAAAACAGCCCUCAAUAGAAGGGAUACAUAUCGUCGUCGACAAAUGCAGCGGCAAGUUACACGGCAAAUGUCUUUUGAUCUGACCAAACUUCUGGUUACUGAAGAUUGGUUUAGUGACAUUAGUCCUCAGACUAUGAGGCGAUUGCUCAACAUUGUUUCUGUGACCGGGCGUUUGCUAAGGGCUAACCAAAUUUGUUUCAAUUGGGAUCGGCUUGCCUCUUGGAUAAACCUCACAGAACAAUGGCCAUACAGGACCUCUUGGCUCAUUCUAUAUCUGGAAGAAACUGACAAUGUUCCAGAUCAUCUCACCCUGAAAAAUACCUAUGAAAGAAUUUCCAAAAACAUACCAACUACCAAAGAUGUGGAGCCUCUUCUAGAAAUUGACAGUGAUAUUCGCAGCUUUGAAAUUUUCCUAUCUUCAAGAAUGCCCAUUCUUUCAGCUCGUGACGUAAAAAUAUUUCUACCAUGCACAGUGAAUCUGGAUCCUAAACUGCGUGAGAUUAUUGCAGAUAUCCGAGCAGCUAGGGAGCAGAUGUCCACUGUAAAUAUCACCGGGAUUCCUUAUCCUGCACUACCCUUUCAGGAAGCUCCACCUCGGGCUGUGUCUGUGUUCAGCCAGGCACCGUCUGUCUGCUCCUCCUCAGCUUCUUUCAAUGGUAAUGUAGUAUCACCACAACAUCCCAGCAGCUAUUAUAGUGGCAUGGUUGGACAGCAGCAUCCAUUUUAUAAUCGGCCAUAUUUUGCCCCUCCUAUUUGUUACGUGCCAAGACAAUACUUUGGUAGUUUGCAGCAUCCCGUCUCGCGUUCAUCAACUAAAACCAGUUUGUCAAGAGAACAGAACAGUAAUCUAGUGGGCAAUUCCAUUGCAUCAGCUUACACUGCUGCUCCACUCAGUUCAAUGAAUGUGGAUGCUAUUUGUGAAAAACUUAAACAGUUGGAAGGAAUUGACCAAACCAUGGUGUUUCAGUACAUUUCCACUAUCAGAAAGGCAAACAUUAAUGGGAGGGUAUUAAUUCAAUGCAAUCUGGAUGAAUUGAAGAAAGAAUUAAACAUGAAUUUUGGUGACUGGCAACUUUUUAGGAACAUGGUGUUUGAGAUGCGCCACUUGGAUGCACAAGUACUUCAAGAAGAAAUGAGAGCUGCUGGAGAAAAUGCACCAGCACAAAAUUCUGCUCUUCACGUAGCAAAUAGUGAUUAUGCUGGAAACUCUGAACUUCCUGGACAUUCCUCAAAGGAAACCUUCAGCCUAACUUUCAGCUUUGAGGAACUGAGAGCUGUUGAUGUUGAAGAACCAGCACGACAUAGCACUUCUAGUUGGCAGUUAAAUCAUCAAAGAACACCAAGUGCUUCAAGUAUCAACUCUCUGGAAUCUUCCAAUGAUCUUUCCAGACUCACAGACAAGCAGCAGGCUGAAUACAGGGAUGCCUAUAAAGAAUAUAUUGCACAGAUGGCUCAGUUAGAUGAUCCAUCCAUCUCCACAACUGCCAACACUGACAAGUCUAAUCUGUCUGCGCCCUACAAUUCUGGUCAGCUUUUUAUGGGGAAGGGCAUUUCAGGAACUCCCUUUCAAACCACAUUGGAGCAAGACGCUGAGCAGAAGCAAUAUGAUGAUAAGAAAUCUUUUGUGGUAAAGAGAGAUAAUAUUCCACGUGGAGGCAAGUCUUCUAUGAGUGACCUUGGCGAUUAUACAUCAUCCACUGUUUCUACAUCUGAUGCAUCACCGUUAGAUCCCAUCACUGAAGAAGAUGAAAAACCAGACCCUUCGACAUCAAAACUUCUGUCUCGGAAGAAAUCUUCAGACAAGGGGAAUAUCUUCCAAGGUGCAGAUUUAACACUGAAAGGCUUGCAUUAUCAGAAACUACCCAGUGAUGAAGAUGAAUCUGGUCAAGAAGAAGCUGAUUAUAACCGACUUCUUAAAGGUGGGAAGAUAGGAGGGAAAAAUGAAAAACAAACCAAUUCAACUGAAAAUGGAAAUGAAGCUGUUCGAUCCCUCAUUAAAUCGAAGGAAUAUCUUUCUGAUGCCAUGCUUGAUAAAAAAGAUUCAUCAGACUCUGGCGUCAGAUCCAGUGAAAGUUCGCCAAACCACUCCCUCCGUGAUGAAACUGAAGACAGUCAGUUGGAGAAGACUAACUUGAUAGAGUUGGAAGAUGAUCAGUCCAGAGAUAAAAGAGGUAUACCUAACAGUUUAAGUGGCCUUCAAGACUCGAGUGUUGCCCGUAUGUCAAUAUGCUCUGAAGAUAAGAAGAGCCCUACUGGUUCCACCUCUGAAUGCAGCCUGUUGGCCAGUAGUCCAGAGGAAAAUUGGCCUGUCACUCACAAAAUGUUUAAUGUAACCAACAUCAACAGAACAGCAAGCACAGAGACGCUGAAUAACAACAGCAAUCCUUCUACCAGGCUGCAGAAUACAGAUGAAAAUGGGAGCAAAGAAUUCCGAGAAACUGCCGGUGAUCCUGAGCAUUUGGCAAAGAAUGCACCUCGAGUUGUCCAUGCAACAGUAGGCUCAGCUGUGGGCAAGUCACCAGUCCAGAAUGAUACAUAUGCAGCUUCAUUCAAGAAUGACAACCUACGAGGUUUAGGUAUUAAACGGGGCCUUGCAUCUAAAGCUCAAUCAAAUUUUGUCAAGCACACAAAAGGUACCGCUUCUGAGCUGCAUGCAGUUGGUCCCAGUGAUUCAUAUGGGGAAGAGCGGGAAAGCAUCCUGUGAAGAAAAAAAUAAGUAAUUUCUUGAAGAUUUGUUUGAUAAAUGGUAUAUCCAAGACACAUUGCGUUCUUAGAAAUUCUUCACUUGGCUAUCUUCAUGAUAUCACACCUUUUUUGUGGUUUGUUUUACUAGCAUUUACAUCAAGUAUUAGAUUAAUUCUAUCAAGACGGUGUUAUAUGUAUAAGUAAUAUAUGACAGUGAUAUUAUUUAAUGUUUUUUGUAUCAUAUACCAUUGUGAUUGUGAGCUAACAUACCUUGUGUUUGUAAUUUUAGUAUUUGUCACCCUGCAAGUACUAACUGUAAAUGUGGUCAGUAUUAAGUGCACUGUGUAUUUGUUCAAAUAUUAAAUAUGAAUAUUAGCUUUACUGUUGUAAGUAUUCAUUUGUUAUGAUAGUGGUGUUUAUGUGGAUUCUCUGAUUUUAAUUGUGUAUGUCACAGUUGAACAGUGCCUGGGACUUGUGCUUUUGAUACAUAAUCUGUUAUUGUUGUUAAACAAAUAUUCUUUGACUUUUUCCAAUGUGUUUGUUAGCUUGGCUGCUAAUAUUGUUUAAUGUCAAAAUAUCUUAAUAUAUGGCUUUGUAAUUGUUAUCAGUAAUUGUGAAAAAGCUGAUGUUUUGUGUAACUACUGUUGAAAUAAAUAGCUGUGGUAAUAUGUCUUGUUAUUCCAAUAAACCUAAAUAAUGUCAAAAGU